GUGGAGGUGAGGACAGGUAGAGAGAGAGAGAGAGAGAGAGAGAGAGAGAGAGAGAGAAGACACAGCGAGGCUCACUUUACCUGUCGACCAGGUGAGAGAGCGCGCGAGGAGCGAGGCAGGCUGGACCCGCAGUAUGCUGAGGGAGUCCCCUCACCUGGAAAGAUGUACGUGAGCUACCUGCAGCUGGACAAGGACCCCGCCAUGUACCCGCACCAGAACCCGGUGGCCCGCCACGCGGGCCUGAGCCUCAGCAGCCCGCAGAACUUCCAGGGCCCGCCGCAGUACUCGGACUUCGCCGGGUAUCACCCGCACCACUCGCACCCUCACCCGCACCACCACAGCCUCAACAACGACUCUCUGUCGGCCCAGCAGGUCGGAUCGGGCACCGGCGGCUGGAGCUCGGCCUACCCGCCUCCACCGCCUCCAACGCGGGACGACUGGUCGUCGCACCAUUACGCGGCAGCGGCGGCGGCGGCCGCAGCGGCCGGGGGUCCCCCCUCCGCAUCCACCGGUGUGGGUCCCACCCUGGGGUUCAGCCCCCCGGAGUUCUCCGGACAGUCCGGCCUGCUGUCCACGUCCCUGAACGCAUCAUCUGCGGGACAGCUGUGUCCCGGAUCCCCGCAGAGGAGGAACCCGUACGACUGGAUGCGGCGCAGCUCCGCACCGCCCUCCAACCCAAGCUCGUCCGUCUUACUUAGCGGCAGGUCGGACAUGUCGGAGUGUCCGUGUCAUAAUAAUGACGUCCUGGAAACUGGUAAUUAUAAUAAAUGUGCUCAGAUGUGAAGCAGUGAUGAAUACCAGAUCAAUAUAAGCAGUUAGUAGAGGAGAGCUUUCAGGUACUCCCCUGAUGUUUGUAUUUAUUUUUCUCAUUAUUUACUUCAGUUUUACCGUUUCAGGCCUAAAGUCACAACGUCGUCUUAAGGGCUUAACUCACUGAUGUUGACAGUUUGAACUCUAAAACGUGCAGUAAAAUGAAGAGAUUUGUGUUCCUGGCAUCACAGGGAAGACAUUGAACGAGCAUUUAGACAAUUAUACAUAUUAAAUAUGUUAAUAUACUUUAGACUCCAGUAUUUCUGCUCAUGGCUCACAGUCAGAGAUGGCUUCAUUUUAAAGGAACAGUUUUCAACUUUUGGGGAAAAGUUUCAGACACGAUGCUUCUGUAGAUUUAACGUUAAGCAGCUUCGGGUGUUUUUUCUCUUUUCCUGCUGUGCUGCUCCUCCAGAGAACAGAACCAUGAUGAGUAGAACCAGAACACGUCCUCAGUGCAGAACAACAGUUAUGAUGUCAUCAAUCACUCAAGAGAAGAAAAAACACAAUUUAAAUGUCUUUGAUCAUUUAUUUUACAGAAAAUUGGCAAAACUAGACUCUAUAUAAUAUUGUUGAUUAAAAUUAUUAACGAUGUUGGGUGGGGGGGUGGCUCUACGUGUUAUAAAUAUUAAACUAUUGACAUGUUUCAGCCUCUC